GCCCGGGUUCAAUCGCCUCAGCCCCAACUGCGCAUUCUUGCAAAUUUUGGGAGUUCGAGAAAAUCCACAUGCAUAUCCACCAAAGCAAGCUGUAGAACCCUAAAAUAGCCAUCAGGCUUGCUCCAGGGCUGAGCCACAGAGUUUUACGCGUUUGUUUUGGCCUGCUGAAGCUAUCCUGCUCCGUAUUCUGUAUUGUACUCUGGCGUUACGUGGGGGGCGCCUCCGUCCCAAUAUGGCGUCUGGGUGGAAGCACUGAUAACAUGUAUAAAAGGAUCCAAAUGCUCCUUCUAUCCCGCCAUCUGUUAUUGCUAUCUUUAUUAACACUCUGCUAAUUCAUUCUCUAUCCGAUUUUGACCCCCAAGAAACCCAACAUAUCAGAGAGACACACCCGUCCGUCCAGAACCUUCAACAUCAUGAACGGUAGCCAACUUUUCAAAGCAGCUCUGCCACUCCUGCUCAUUGUCUGUUCUACGAUUCUCGUACUAUUUACGACUCUUUCUGGAGUAUCUCAUAACGAACUCUGGCUUGUUAGAGUCGACUUGACAAAGCUAUCAUUUGAACCGUCGACCACCUCUACCAGUAACCCAAUCCCAGGCAGCAUCACACCCGGCGGACCAAAGGCAAAUCUUACCGCAAAUGACCUUAAUCUGAGCAACACUUACGAGAUUAACGUAUGGGGAUAUUGCUAUGUAGGCAAUGAUGGCCAGCGGCAGUGUACCAAGGCGCAGUAUGAUUGGGCGUCGUCAUGGCUCAAUGUCGACAACGCAGGACAACUUGAUUCAACCAGUGGCGGCAAGAUCAUGCUAUCUCAAAAGUUCAAGGAUUCUCUAUCUCUUUUCUGCAACAUCACGAAGGGUGCCCAAGUGGCUUUGAUCUUUGGUCUACUGGUUCUUGGUAUAACAUUUCUGGUUGGUGUCUUUGCCAGAAGCGUGUCUACCUGGCAGUCGAUAGUCGCUGCUAUCAUGGUUGUUUUUGUUUGCGCGGCGGCUGGUCUGGUCUCAGCCAUGUCAGCCAUCAUCAUGGAUGUCAUCGAAAAUGACCUGAAGAACUAUGGCGUCGUCGGCUCCAAUGGCACCACGUUUCUAGCUAUCGCUUGGAUCGGGGUCGUUUUGGCUCUGAUCGCCGCUAUUUUCUGGUGGGCAACUACUUGCUGUUGCAGUUCUCGCGGUCGAUCAAGCGAAAAGCAGUUCGAUUAAUAGUUGUACUAUGAGUUCGGCUCCGGAGCGGAUGCUGUGCAUGCAAACAGCGCUGCAGGCUUUGUUUAGCUCUGAGCCAAGGUGCCCAUUUGUGCGAUGUAUACAACAGUCAAGCGAAAAUGGAAAUGGUACACAUUUUGGUCUUGUUUUGUAGAAAAGAGAACAAAAUAAAACAGAUAAUAGGAGCGAUUAACAAAAGAUCUAAAUGUUUAAUUAAACUGAGCUUAACCCACAAUAAAGAUUCUAUUUCGAAC